UGAUCGUUUAAUAAUUACUUAACGAUAAUUGCAUCACCAACGCUCAAGAGGCUGGCCGAUUUCACGUUUGAUCGUCUUGCUACUAGAAACAGCUGUCUCAUGUCGACAAUGUAAUGCAGCUCCGACGGAGAUGGUGUCCGGACAUUGUUUAUUUCUCACUGUGCUCCAGCUGUUUGUUUUUUUGGCUUGGUUGACUUCAUAUACUGAAGGCAGAAGUCUAAAAUGCUCUCCUGGGAAGCCAUGCUCGGACAGAACCCCUGUGAUUAUCAUUCCAGGCGAUCUCGGCAACCAGCUGGAGGCCAAGCUGGACAAGCCCAGUGUGGUCCACUACAUCUGCUACAAGAAGACCAAUGACUACUUCACACUAUGGCUCAACCUGGAACUGCUGGUGCCCGUCGCCAUAGACUGCUGGAUCGAUAACAUGAGGUUGAUCUAUAAUCGCACCACACGGACCACGGGGGCGCCAGAGGGAGUGGACAUCAGAGUGCCAGGGUUUGGGGGAACAGAUACAGUCGAGUACCUGGACCCCAGUAAACGCAGUUUGGGAAUGUACUUUUUCGCCAUAGUGCAAGGGCUGGUUAACGAUGGCUAUGUAAGAGGCGAUGAUAUCCGUGGGGCUCCCUAUGACUGGAGAAAGGCACCUAAUGAAAACAAGGCGUACUUCUUGGCCCUGCAGCAGAUGAUUGAGGAGAUGGCCCGUAAAGCUGGAGGACCAGUGGCGCUGAUAGCCCACAGCAUGGGCAACGUGUACACACUCUACUUCCUCAAUCAUCAACCGCAAGCCUGGAAGGACAAAUACAUUAAGACCUUUAUCUCACUGGGCCCGCCAUGGGCUGGCGUGGUCAAGACCGUCCGAGUAGUGACCUCUGGCGAUAAUAACCGCAUCCCGGUGAUCAGCUCGCUGAAGAUCCGUCAGCAGCAGCGCACGGCAGUGUCCACCAUCUGGCUGUUCCCCAGCGCCAACACCUGGCCCGCCGACCAGGUCCUCGUCCAGACUCCCACCACCAACUACACCGUGCGCGACUACCAGCGCCUCUUCCAGGACGUGGGCUUCCCGGACGGCUGGGAGAUGCGCAAGGACACGGAGCACCUGGUGGGCGACCUGGAGCCUCCUGGCGUGCCCGUGCACUGCCUGUAUGGCAGCGGCGUGCCCACGGCACAGGGUUACCACUACACCACGUUCCCCGACUCGGAGCCGGAUGAGGUGAUAUUCGGGGAUGGCGACGGCACGGUCAACCUGCUCAGUGCCAUCCAGUGCAAGCGCUGGGUGGGGAAGCAGGCGUACCCGGUGAAGCUCGUGGAGCUCCCUGACAAUGAGCAUGUCAACAUGCUGCUCAACCAGACCACAGUGGCCUACAUCAAGGCUGUACUCAACCAGCCCUGAUCCUUGAAGACACAAACGCAUAAACACCAUACGUAAACCCUCAAACCUCUGUGGCUUGUAUCACAGCCAACGCUCAAGACACUUUAACCCUCAACGGUAGCGUGUAUCACAACAGCCCUCAACUUCUGAGUUGCAGUUGUACAACCCCCAGCCUCUUCACCUCUCUCACCCCUCAGUCCAGGUAGAUGCGGACCCUACAGCAGGUCUUGGCAGUGACCUCGUGCGGAGCUAGGGCAGCCAUGCGCCUGACGGAGCCAACUGCUGUUCGGGUCCGGACCUCCGAAACACCUUCACGCAUAAGUCCUGAGAGGAUGAAGCCACUGCCACCAACUGACCCUGCCAACCACAGCACCACCAUCACAAGACUGGACCAGGAGUCCGUUAUUCAGUGUAUUAGAAAAAUACCAUAUGUCUCUGAUGUUUUAUGUGCAAUUACCAAUGAAGGGGAGAGCUAGCUAGCUAGCUAGCUUGCUAACUCUGAUUUGAAUUCCUACUCUUUCUAGUGUUCUACUGUUGUGGUGGGUCCUGUUAGGUCAUUUGGACUGACCGUUCCUAUUUUUGCUAAUGUCAGAGCGUAUAGUUUGGAAGCGUAGUGCCUCUGUUCUGUAUCUACUCUGUAGAGCAGAGCAGACCAUCUCCUGUUUUGCACACACCUUAACAGGAUAAGAUUGCUUUAUAGAAAUAUUUUAAUGUCUUUUUAAAAAUCAAAUUUGAGUUAAGUGGUGUACAUACAGUAUUGAUCAUUUCAGAGAUAAUUGUUGGAUGUUCCAUUUUAACAGUGUUUAAUUGUUCAGGUAUAAUGUCAUCCUCUCUAUCUCUUAUCUUGUUGUUGUGAUCUUAUUCUUAUUAACACAUGAGUUACUAACAUUGGAAAUGUCAUAUCAGCAGUUAGGGCACCCUGGGGAUUCUGGUUCUGACAGUUUUUCAUUAGAAAAAAAGUCAUCAGUAUUUUUCUGGCAGACCUGUUUAUUGACAUGUUUUUUUUUACCUUAGAUUUGUUAUACUUAUACAGUACUAUACACCACCUCUCAGCAUCAUAGUGUCAUGGUCAUAUCUGUUGCGUUGCAAAAAUGCAGCGACAAUCAAGGGUGGAGGAAUGGUCCAAAGCCUGCCUGUUAUCAGGAUUCCAGUGACUUCGAUGGCCUUUCCUGACCUGUUAGUGUUCUAGUUACUCUUCAAGUGUCAUUCAUCAACUGUUACAUUUGUACUAACCACAGCAGUCUAACAUUGCUAUUAGGCAUGCGUGUUUACCAGUGGUCAUAUUGAAACACAAAUAUGUCAUCUCACGUUUAUAAUUUUUUUUAAAAAAACAACAAAUAUAAUUACGGGUGGGGCUUAAGCGUAAAUAGUGGAAAUUGAGUUGACUCAGCACACACAUCAUGCAGGUGUAUCGAUCAAUGUGAAAAUGCUGGAAAUCACUGUUUUGUCCAAAUAUUUGUGCUUACUGGAUGAUAUUUAAAAUCUACCAAAGAACAA